GCAGUAACCGGACGUGACGAUGAUUCCAUUGCUACGGUUUCAUUUAUCGUUGAGCGAUUGUCUACUAACAGCCUUUAGCCACAUCUCACCAUGAGUACACCAGCUGCCCCGCCCAGCUACGCGGAAGCCGUGGCCGGGGACAAAGAGCAGGGCUACAGCGGAAUGAGGGUGGCAAUGCCCCCCUAUAGUGACCAUGCCCCCCCCGUGCCCCCACCACCGGUACUCAUGCACCCCAGCUGGGCUUACACACCCCCCAGUCCCGGCCCGGGAUUCUCCAGCCCCCGUGCUUCCGGACAGUUCUCUCCCUUCUCUGACCCCAGCGGCGGGGGCAACAGCUUCAACGGAAGCGACUGGGAAGACAAGAACAUCCGACGCAUGUUCAUUCGCAAGGUUUUCUCCAUUCUCAUGGUCCAGCUAUUGGUGACUUUUGGUAUUGUGGCACUCUUCACGUUCUGUGAACCAGUCCGGCAGUUUGUGCAGUACAACCGAAUCCUCUACCUUGCUUCGUAUAUCACGUUCAUGGGGACAUACCUGGUGUUAGUCUGCAGCACCAGGACCCGACGUCAGUACCCUACCAACCUCAUCCUCUUGGGGAUAUUCACACUGGCAAUGUCUUACAUGGCUGGAAUGCUGGCUAGCUACCACAACACCGAGGUGGUGAUGCUGUGUGUGGGAAUCACUGCCUUGGUGUGUCUGUCCAUCACACUCUUCUGUUUCCAGACCAAGGUUGACUUCACGUCCUAUCACGGCCUGCUGUUCUCUCUGAUGAUGGUGCUGAUGGUGACUGGUCUGUUGCUCGUCUUCACUGCCCCCUACGGAUACAUACCGUGGUUGCAGACAGCGUAUGCCGGGCUGGGGGCCCUGGUCUUCACUUUGUUCCUGGCCUUUGACGUGCAGCUGCUGAUGGGUAACCGGCGCUACGCCCUGAGUCCCGAGGAGCACGUUUUCGGGGCCCUCUGCCUAUACAUGGAUGUGGUCUACAUCUUCUUCUUCCUCCUGCAGCUGUUCGGCAGCCAGGAGUGAAGUCAGACUGCCUUGUGGUCCCGUUCCGUAGCUGCCCUGGCUCCCACACAAAUAGCCUUUCCAACAUACUUCAGUUUGGUGCACACGCCUGCGAGUAGACUGACACACACACACACACACCCCUAGUGCUGCAUCAUAAGCUCCCUUGCCUGCUUUGUGCAUCCCCCACGUGGUUGCCUGUGGUUUCCUCAGACCAUUCUCCUUCCUGAGGUCAUGUAAUGUGUGUAGUCCCUAUCUGAAACGCAGCUCCGUUACGCCCCCCCCCAGGGCUUUUAUUACUUCUCCCAUAGACUACUAGUGUCACCGCUGUGAGGUCGACCCCUACCACUGGGCGGCGCUGCAGCCUCUGCCACUCCCUGAGGGGGGGGGGUGUCAGCGGCGUGAGCUACAGGCCUUUGUGAGGGUAACGACUGAUCUAGGCCAGUCAUUGUGUGUUUUUGACAGUGUAGUUCCUGGAUCUUCUCAGAGGAAGCGUUUUAAGGUCUGGUAGUUCCUGGAUCUUCUCAAAGGAAGCGUUUUAAGGUCUGGUAGUUCCUGGAUCUUCUCAAAGGAAGUGUUUUAAGGUCUGGUAGUUCCCAGAGGAAAUGUCGUAAAGAGUUGUUGACCAGACGUGACCAGGUGUUGUUGACAAAUCACAGUGAGACUGCUGAAAAUAUGCUAAGUGUGCAGUUUGUGGACAAUCAGUUUGUGAAAAUGGAUAAACUGUAACCAUCUUUAUUCAGGGUGAGUAAUGGUUAACCAUUGAAGUGGAUACUAGACUACGUCUCUUGUAGUUGUCCAACUAUUCUUGUGUUUUCUUGUAAUAAUUGGAGAAAAUUCAUUUAAUGUUGAGAAUUCAGUCUCAUGGAUUUUAAUCCAAAAUGAUGUAUUUAAAUGUCCUUAAGAAUCCUAUUUUAAGCUAUUGAUUUACCUUGCCAGAUGAAGGCUUCUAUGGAUUUUUCGUUUUUAGCUGGGUCUUUGAAACUCGUACAUUUUCAAGGCCACAAGUUAUGCUUUUUUAUCCAUUUCAUUUUAUUUAGUUUCUGAUUCUUUAUCCUUCUUCAGUGUGUGCACACAUUCUCCCCCCUCAUAUAUGUGGCGUAAAAGGGCAAGCAGGACUAGUUUUCAUUAUAUUCCACCAGUCCUCCGUUCCACAUCAAUGAGCGAGUGUCUAUUAGGCACUUCCCAGAAGAAGGGUAGAGAAUCGGAAACUUGCAUUUGACAUGGAAGAUUUCAAGGCCAGAUUUGAAGCAAGGAAACGCUUUGGGAUGAGUUGACAGCUUCGUUCCUUUCAAAGGUUUUUGGCGGUUUGACAUGUGCACUCAGUAUAUACUCACUGUAUAGAGGCACGUUUGAGAUGGCUUUAAAAGUUUAGUUCUGUUUUGCGUUUAAUAAGAUUUACCCGCGCCAACGUAACCUGCGAUUAUUAUGGCCACCAGUGAUGGAUUUUCAAAACAAAAAUGAAAGAAAUAAACUGUGAUUAUA